AUGACAGGCAAAAUGGGCCUCUCCGUCCUAUCCAGCCAACCCACCGACCCAUCCCUCGGCGUCCUCCACGCGAGACUCCAUCUCGACGAUCCAAAACGAAUACAUUACGGAUCAGACGACCCAGUCGACGGCAGCGUAAGGCUGAAGUUCGAGCGCAAUGGCAUGAAAGGCGCACCAGCCACCGAACUCUUCGGACCUCUCGAAGUCAACCUCACCCUCAAAGGCACAAUGCGCUUCGUCAGCGGCAACAGCGCCAUCAGCGACUCAAGUCCCCAGAACGAGUCCGUCUUCGUCAACAAGACGAUCAGCCUCCACACCGGGCCCUUCAGAGCAGCCCCGGGGACAGAGCACGACUUCCCCUUCUCCCUCAACUUCCCCGAGCACGCAGACGCCAAGCACAAAACCUCCGUCUCAGCGUACCAAGACGCCGCAGGGAACUGGAAAUUCCGGCAACGGCUGUCGGACACGACCAUCGAAGACCUCCCUCCAACCCUCGCCUCCAAGCAGAAACACGCUAUGGUGACCUCCGACAUGUCCAUCCGCUACGGCCUCGUCCUGCAAGUCACCAUGCCCGGCAUCGACGUCCGCAUCCUCACCCCGGUCAUCGAAAAGGAAGUUCUCUACGACCGACCUCGAGUACCCCCCAUAGCCGCGACAACGCAGAGCGCGCAAACGACCUCCUUCACACAACUCCUCAGCGUCGAACAUAAAUCCCUCCUGCCCCCUUCAGACCCCCACCGCACCUCCAGCAGCCGCAGUCUGAAAUCCCUCUUCAAGUCCUCCCCACCGUUACCAAAAUACGCCUUCAACGUAUCAUGCACCGGCAUUCCCCAGCACAUUUUCAUAGGCCAACCCAUCACCUUCCCCUUACGCAUCACCCCCUCCUCCGAGAACUCCACAACCGCAACAACCCCACCCCCAGAAAUCUCCCUCACCCACUGCACCCUCUCCCUCAUAGCCCACACCCACGGCCGAACCACCCUCGCCUCCCCCUCCUCCGAAGAAACCCACAACACCGAACUCCUCAAAGAAAAACCCUGCGACGUCAUCGGCUUCGACUCCACCACCACCGCUAUCCGAAUGGGCCACAUCGACGUCGGCACCCUCAGCGCCGUACCGAGCACUUUCACCCACGGGGACAUGCGUCGGGAGUAUAAACUCAAAAUCGCCAUCGGGCUGAGUUGUCUGGGCCAGAAUUUCCACGUGACGAGGAUGUUGGGGGUCGUGGUGCAUCCGCCGGUGAUUGAUUUGGGGGAUGUUGGGGUGGAGGAGGAAGGGGAGGGGAAUGGGGUGGUUUUGGGGAUGGAGGAGGAGAAUGUCACGCCUCUGCCGAGUUAUGAUGCUGUUGUGGGCGGGGAGGGGGCGACGCCGGGGUAUUUUGAACGGGAGCCGCAGAUGCAUUGA